AUGCUCCGAUCAGCUAUAGAAUUGGAAGUGAACCCUGAAUGCAGAAAUCCGUUUGAGGUCAGAAUUGGAAAGCAACUAGACGAGGCCACAAUUAGAGACCUCUCAAUACCUUCCCAAGGGUAUGCUAAAGAAGAGCAGUAUGAUACAGAAUGUGUGAGAAGGAUUUUGAAAAGUUUCUACUGCAAUUACACUGGUCCGGAUGCUUCUGGACUAAUCGCUGUGGCAGAACUUGUAGAAGAUUUCUUGGCACAGGUCGCGAGUGACAUUGACUUGAAGACAAGCACAUUCACGUCACUUGCUGACAUGUCAAUUGCAGCAUCGGAGGGAACACGACGAAGCUCUGAUGGUAUAUACAGGGCCAUCGAUAUCUAUUUGGACAGGCAUCGAUAUCUGACAAGAUCAGAGAGAGAGGAGGCGUGUCGGUUGUUGGAUUGCAACAAGAUGUCCCCGGAUGCUUGUGAGCAUGCUGCACAGAAUGAAUGGUUGCCAUUGAGAUUGGUGGUGCAGGUAUUGUUUGUGGGACAGUUGAAGCUUAGAGACACGAUUGCGAAGGAGGUAAGUUAUGAUGACAGGUUAAAACAGUUGGGGGAUGAAGAAGAGGGAGGAGAACCAGCAAGAAACAGCAGUAGUAAAGAAGUGCUGACAGAGAUAGAGAAAAUGGGUAGCAAGGCGUUGGAGUUAGAAAGAGAAUGCUGCAGCAUGAGGGAAGAAAUUCAGGGUGAUUCCUGCAGUGGAGUGAAAAGGGAGAAAAUUAGCAUGUGGAAAGAAAUGAAGAGGAAGUUUGGGUGCAUUAGUAGCAUGCAUGAUUGUAACUGCCAUGUGAAGAAGAAAAAGUUGCACCCAAGAUAG